CGAGUGCGCGCGCCUCCUCCAGUGCACGCGCACACUUCCACCCUCACAAGGAGCGUUUGGGGCUCUCUCCUGGCGUGGAAGCUCUUGGUUGCAUUCCAGCCUUGAACGUGUGUGUGGUUCUUUUUGGAGCCUAUCUUUGUUGGGACUGGGAAGGAGAGGAGGUGGGGGCUUCUCCCUCAAAGAUUAGUAGUGAAGGGAGAGGGGGAUUGUUGCCCAUCAAGUGUGACUGUCUCGGUGGAAGAGCGGGAAGGGAGAAGAUGUAAGAAGCGGCAGUGCGCGUCCUCCCAGGGCUGCAACAUGCAGAAGGGCAUGCGGCUCAAUGAUGGUCAUGUCACCUAUCUGGCGCUGCUGGCCAAGAAGGACGCCACCAGGCGAGGAUGCCUGAGCAAGAAGAGCUCGGACAACACCAAAUGGCACUCCAAAUGGUUCUGCUUGCUGCAGAACAUGCUCUUCUAUUUCGAGAACGAUUCCAGCUCGCGUCCCUCCGGACUCUACCUGCUGGAGGGGUGCGUUUGCGACAGGGCACCCUCGCCCAAACCGCCUCUCUCUGCCAAGGAAUGCCUGGAGAAACAGUAUUACUUCACCGUCACAUUCAAUCACGACAACCAGAAAGCUUUGGAGCUGCGCACAGAAGAUGUUAAGGACUGCGAUGAGUGGGUCGCUGCCAUUACGCAGGCCAGUUACAGGAACCUGGCUACAGAGCAUGAGACCCUCAUGCAGAAGUAUCUGCAUCUACUACAAAUAGUGGAGACGGAGAAAAUGGUUGCCAAGCAACUUCGACAACAGAUUGAGGAUGGGGAAAUCGAGAUAGAGCGGCUAAAAUCAGAGAUCGCAGGGCUGCUGAAGGACAAUGAGAAGAUCCAGUCCAAUCCAGAGGUACCGCCCAGUGACGACGACACGGAAAUCAAGAAGAUAAAAAAGGUCCAGAGUUUCCUACGAGGCUGGAUUUGCCGCAGGAAAUGGAAAACCAUCAUCCAGGACUACAUUCGUUCACCGCAUGCGGAAAGCAUGAGGAAGAGGAACCAAGUGGUGUUUAGCAUGCUGGAGGCCGAGGCCGAGUACGUCCAGCAACUGCACAUCCUGGUCAACAACUUCCUGCGGCCUCUACGCAUGGCUGCGAGCUCCAAGAAGCCGCCUAUUACCCACGAUGAUGUCAGCAGCAUCUUCCUCAACAGCGAGACCAUCAUGUUCCUCCACCAGAUCUUCUACCAGGGCCUCAAGGCCAGGAUAGCCAGCUGGCCUACCCUGGUACUGGCUGACCUGUUUGACAUCUUGCUGCCCAUGUUAAACAUCUACCAAGAGUUUGUGCGGAACCACCAGUACAGCCUGCAGAUUUUGGCCCACUGUAAACAGAACCGAGACUUCGACAAGCUGCUGAAGCAGUACGAGGCCAAGCCUGAUUGCGAGGAAAGGACGCUGGAAACCUUCCUCACUUACCCCAUGUUUCAGAUUCCUCGUUAUAUCCUGACCCUUCAUGAAUUACUGGCUCACACUCCUCAUGAGCAUGUGGAGAGAAAUAGCUUGGAUUACGCCAAGUCAAAACUCGAGGAACUUUCAAGAAUAAUGCAUGACGAGGUGAGUGAGACAGAGAACAUCAGAAAAAAUCUAGCUAUUGAGCGAAUGAUUGUCGAGGGCUGUGAAGUGCUGCUGGAUACCAGCCAGACAUUUGUAAGACAAGGUUCUCUGAUCCAGGUGCCAAUGAGCGAGAAAGGCAAGAUCACCAGAGGCCGUCUGGGUUCUUUGUCUCUGAAGAAGGAAGGCGAGCGACAGUGCUUCCUCUUUUCCAAACAUCUCAUCAUCUGCACUCGAGGCUCGGGGGGGAAACUGCACAUUACCAAGAAUGGUGUAGUGUCUCUCAUUGACUGCACAUUGAUGGAGGAAACCGAGGGUGCCGAUGACGAGCCCAAAGGGGAGCGUAGUGGCCAGGACACAGAGCACCUGGACUUUAAAGUGAUCGUGGAGCCAAAAGAUGGGCAGCCUUACACAGUCAUCCUGGUGGCUUCAUCACGACAAGAGAAGUCCGCGUGGACGAGCGACAUCAGCCAGUGCAUUGACAACAUCCGCUGCAAUGGUCUGAUGAUGAAUGCCUUCGAGGAAAACAGUAAAGUCACAGUGCCGCAGAUGAUUAAAUCCGACACCAGCUUAUACUGCGAUGAUGUCGACAUCCGCUUCAGCAAGAUGAUGAACUCCUGCAAGGUGCUUCAGAUCCGCUACGCCAGCGUGGAGCGUCUGCUGGAGAGGCUGACCGACUUGCGCUUCCUCUCCAUUGACUUCCUGAACACCUUCCUCCACUCUUAUCGGGUUUUCACCAGCGCGGCGGUCGUGCUGGACAAACUCAUCACCAUCUACAAGAAGCCGAUCAGCGCCAUCCCUGCACGUUCUUUGGAGCUGUUCUUCGCUAGCAGCCAGAACAAUAAACUCCUCUACGGCGAGCCGCCCACGUCUCCACGUGCCAGUCGCAAGUUCUCCUCCCCUCCCCCGCUCUCCAUCACCAAGACGUCGUCACCCAAUCGCCGCCGCAAGCUCUCGCUCAACAUUCCCAUCAUCACAGGGGGCAAGGCUCUGGACCUGGCCGCGCUCAGCUGUUCCCCCAAUGGCUAUGCAAGCAUGCACACCGCCAUGUCCCCCUUCAGUAAGACCACCCUGGACAUCAACAAGCUGUAUGUGUCCAGCACCAUGGCCAGCAAGAUCCCAGAUGAUGGGGAAGCCAAAGCAGAGAGCAAGGCUGAUGAGUCUGCCGCCAACAAGCAAGAUCUGUCAGUGAGAGAGGAGUGUGACGAAGAACCAAGUCACAGUGACGAGGCGGAAGUGGAGAUGUCUCCUCCCAAGUCGCCAUCGACACCCAAGAACGUCAAGUCGAAAAACAGCGAGUUCUCGCUGUUCUCGUUCAACAAUAGCAUGGUGGUGUCAUCUUGCCGGGAGAUGGACAAUAGCCGCAGCGCCCUCUCGGCGGCCUCGGCCUUUGCCAUCGCCACAGCCGGUGCAAACGAAGGCACGCCAACUAAGGAGAAGUACCGCCGCAUGUCCCUCGCCAGCACGGGCUUUCCUACUGAUCAGAGGAAUGGCGACAAAGAAUUUGUCAUCAGAAGAGCCGCCACCAACCGAGUGCUUAAUGUUUUGCGUCACUGGGUUUCCAAACACUCCCAGGACUUUGAGUUGAACUCAGAGCUGAAGAUGAGGGUGAUUGGCUUUCUUGAGGAGGUGAUGCAUGACCCAGAGCUCCUUACACAGGAGAGAAAGGCUGCUGCUAACAUUAUUAGGACUCUCACACAGGAGGACCCUGGAGACAACCAGCUCACCCUGGAGGAACUCGCUCACAUGGCGUUGGAGGAAUGCAGGAAUGAGCCCUUUGAGAACCACUCUGCCUUGGAGAUAGCUGAGCAGCUCACUCUGCUAGAUCACCUGGUCUUCAAGGUCAUACCUUACGAGGAGUUCUUUGGUCAAGGCUGGAUGAAGAACGACAAGAACGAGAGAACUCCGUACAUCAUGAAGACAACCAAGCAUUUCAACGAUAUCAGCAACAGGAUCGCCACAGAGAUCUUGCAGUGGGAUGAUGUCAACAUGCGCGUGGCGGUCAUCGAGAAGUGGGUGGCGGCGGCCGACAUCUGCCGCUGCCUCCACAACUACAACGCUGUGCUGGAGAUCACGUCUUCGCUCAACCGCAGUUCCAUCUUCCGCCUCAAGAGGACCUGGCUGAAAGUCUCCAAGCAGACUAAGACUGUAAUUGACAAGUUGCAGAAGUUAGUGUCAUCAGAGGGUCGCUUCAAGAACCUGAGAGAAGCUCUGAAGAACUGUGAUCCCCCCUGUGUUCCCUACUUGGGAAUGUAUCUGACUGACCUGGCCUUCAUUGAGGAAGGAACACCCAACUACACUGAGGACAACCUGGUUAACUUUUCCAAGAUGAGAAUGAUAUCUCACAUAAUCCGAGAAAUUCGGCAGUUCCAGCAAACAGCUUACAAGAUCGACUCUCAACCAAAGGUGGCAAAGUACUUGCUGGACAACAGCUCGGUGCUGGACGAGGAGAGUCUGUAUGAAGCAUCUCUGAGAAUUGAACCCAAAACGUCAUCAUGAAGAGGCUCUAUCACCCUUGCUUGACUUUCGUAUGAAGUGUACAGCGUCAUUAUGUUAUAUUUUAAUGUACAUACACUAUUAUUUGUAGUAGACAACAUAGGCCGUGCCCUUCUAGGUUGUUCUCCUCAUUGACUUGUGUCAAACAGAGACUGAAGCCCAGAGAGCUUUUAUUCAUAUAGUUUGCAGAGUAUAUGUUAUUUAUGGUGUCAAAGUACACUUGUAUUAUUAUUUCCAAGCACAGAAGAAACAGAUGAGGGAGUAUAUUGUGGUGUUUCACAUAUCUUCAAGAGAAUGUGCAUUAUAUAAAAUAAACUCUCAUUUAAGAGAGCACGAUUAAACACAAACUUCCACUUUCCAGCUCAGAAGUUGAAUCAAAGAUUUGGACUGUGUAAACAUGCAGUCAUUCGCCUUUAAGUUCCCGUGUCAACGUUUUGCCUUAAAAGUAUAGCGGCCUUUAGUGUCCUCUUGAUAAUUGCAUGAUCAUUUAUCUAGAGCUGAUUUCGAUUCAGUACAGACAUGCCAGACUUACUAUGAAGAGGCUAAAUGUUACAAAAGGAGUUACCGUAUAUUCUCAAAGUCCCCCCCACUUUAAUAGACGCCAUGCCCCAGUUGAUUACCAGGAGUAUUGUUUACUUAAAUACAAUAAUCCCUCGUUUAUCACGGUUAAUUGGUUCCAGACCCAACCGUGAUUUCUGCAAAGUAGGAUUUCUUAUUUAUAAAUGGAAUAUUUUCGUAGUGCGACCUUCUACAUACAUUUUUUUAGCAUUAUUAGAGCCCUCUAGACAUGAAAUAACAGCCCCAUAAUCACUUGCACACUUUAUUACCCAAUAUAGAAAAUAAUAAUAGAAAAAAAAAAACAUCUUAGACAUAAAUAAGACAUAACUUAGACUCACACAUUGACAGCGUACUUCUAUUGAUAAGGCUGUUGUCUCAUCAAUGUAACAUUACUGACACCUACUGACCAGUGUGGCAUUACUACUGUUAUGCUGCUGUUUGUGGUUAACUCAUUCAAUGCCAGACAUUUUUCAAAAGACAACCCUUUCAGUAUCUGCCAUUUUAGACGAUUUUGACAGAUUUUUCAAGGCACACAGAAUAUUGUGUUCUACGGCUAUAUAGACAUGGAACCUACCAAAAGAAAGAUGAGAUUUUCAUCAGAAAAAAAAGUUAGUUUUUCUACGUUUUUCUGUUCUUUAGUAAUCAGCAGUAGAACAUAGGUAAGUUUCAGGAAAAUAUCAGUUCCCGACAAGUAAAGAGAGAAAAACAGCUUUUUGUGAAAAGAUACAUUUCAAGCAUAACUUUCACUUUGUCACAAUUUGUUUUGUUUUUGUGACAGCUCAAAUAUCUAAACAACUACUGUAUACCACAACAUAACACGAAAAAACAUUAUUUUACACCAAAACAACAAUUUAAUUACAAAUAUGACACCAUGAACUAUUUACAAAUUUAAAAAUUUUGAACUAAACUGUGUGUGUGCGUGUGCAUUAAACGUUCCCUACAAUGGGUAACCUUCUGCACGCCACACUCCUCUAUGCUCUUUCACUUCCUCCUUGCUGUUGAGUGUGUUAAUACAUGGAAGUGAUCCAUGCCGAGCUCUUAUCAAAUGCACUUCUUCCACCUUGUGGCCGUUUUUAUGACUUAAAACUGCAGUGACAGUGACAUCUAUUAGUGUGCAGUUGCGUCAUCACCUUUUUGCCAAAAAAAACGUAAAAUAAGUAUAAAUACAUCUUUGGUAUUGAAUGAGUUAAGGAGAGACUCAGGUCCCCGAUGCACGAUGGCUUUAUUAACAAGCAGAGAACACAUAUACAGUGAACGUUCACACAGGAGCUGCUGUCGGCCCCAACGCACGCCAGUCACUACACCCUUCCUACUGCUAACACUCAACUCAAACACUGACAACUCUUGGUAGUUGACAUCACACACAGCUCACUUUCCAGACCCCGCUCCUUAAAGGCGUACACAACAAGUCACAGAUAUUACACUACAUAUCACAUGUUCUGAAUGCCUUAUAUUUGUAUUUUUGUUCAUUUAGCAAUUUUUAUUCUUGAAUUUUUAUGCUUGAAAAUGCUUAAUUUAGGCCAAUAAAUAAAUAUUCCUAAAAAAAAAAAAAAAAAUAGGCAGUAUUCAACCAGGAAAGUGCGAUCAUUAAUUUAAAAAAAAAAAACGCGAUAGAGUGAGGGCUUGAUGUUUGAACCGCGAUGUAGCGAGGGACGACUGUGCUGUAUGCUUUCAGCUAGUGCCUACUGUACUACUCUAAUAGACAGUAGGGGGCACUCUUACUCCCCUUCUUUCAACAAAUACUGUAAAUGCCUCUCCCCAAACUAAUGCUUCCCUUUUCCUGUCAGGAAAAAGUGGAUAGUCGCUGUUACUACUUCAGUUCAUAGUUCAUGGCUGUUGUUCACAUACGGACAUCUAAGAGUAUACUGCUGGCCGCAUUUGAACUCCGCUGCUAACCAAAACAGCAGCACCUACCGAGGCAUGUAAACGUUAUCUGUGUGGAGUCUUGCCAUAUGUUGUGAAGGAGUUACCUGGGCAGAUUUAAGAUAACCUUAAGCCACAGCAUGUGGAGACAGCGUAUUUUGGUCGCCCCAUAAUGUUGUGUGCGUCCGUGGGUAUGUCACAGGGAGCUAAAAGCCUUAUUAGUUCCAACCAGUCUGCUUCUGCUCUUACCGUUUUUGCAUAUUGUGUCAUGAAAAGCACCAUGGAAUGCAACAUGGGUUUUUACAAUCUUUCCGUCAAACUCACCCAUCAAAGAGGGAGCGGACAGGAUCAAUCAUUUGAUUGGUUGAACUAUAACGUAAACUACAAUGUAAUUUGUAAUCUUGGCCUAAAUAACCCACUCUACCAUCAUCUGCAGUUGAGUAAAUAAACAAUGAAAGGGGUAAAUAUGGUAAAUAGAUGCCACACCUCAAACUGACGCCUCAUUUGAUCACCUCAGGUAAAAAAUAGCAUUGUGUUGGCAUGACCUGGUACCAGCAUGUGUCGCUGUGGACAUCAUUAUCGUGGCAUCUGUAAAGCUGAAGUUUAUCAUGGAGUUUAAAGAAGGUGCAUUCUGGAGCAAAGGUUGCAUCAGAAUACAAAAAAACAAGUAGAUUUAUUUUGAACUAAUAUUUAAAAACUAUUAUAUGUAUAUAUAAUAUAUAUGUUUUUAUAUAUAUAUAUGAAUAAAAGCCUUCCCUUGAAAAAAAUACCUUGCCCUAAACAGACACUAGGCGAUAUACGAGGAAAUAUUGUAAAUAUUCUCGGUUGUUGGAAGUAAAUCAAAUGGAGGAUGGUGGGAUGUUUCAUGUAGCCACACAAUGAGACACUUUGGCUCAAAGUUUUGGAUUUUAGGAUGAACUUUGUACGUAAUGCAAUGUAUGUAGCAAGUAAAUAAUUCCCAGCUUCUAUACUCUUUACGGAUGAUGACCCUUUUUGGCCAGUGUAUCAUAGUUUUGCCUUAAUCAUGAAAACGGAUUAUUAUCUACGCCACAAAAGUAUGUAUACUAUUUUGUUGUACGAUUUUGCCAAUGAAGCAGAUGUAUGUUUUCCCUUGUACAGCAUAACCCUGGAAAUGCUGUAGAACUCCUCUGCGUAUGAUACUUCUAAGUGUAACACAUUGACUUUUAGCAGGACCUAUAUACCUGUACUACUAUUGUGCUUAUUCUUGGGAUAUUUCUAUAUAUGUAUUUUUACAGGCUUUGUAUAGAAGAGCACCUAAAGCUUAAGUGGCAGGCAUGUACCACUUUGUUCCAAAUGUAUCUAUCUAGCACAGCUGGUGUAAAAAAAAGGCACAUGAGAUGUUGAGCAAGUGAGCAAUAUGCAGCGCUAUGACCAUUGUGUGUCCACGGCUUGAGUCGUAUUUGCAGUUUUUUGCAGGAAAAAAGGUGUAUUCUUUCCUGAUUACCUCUUGUUAAUAAAUCUCUUCUUU